AAUUAAUAAAUGAAGUAAUUAAGAAGAGCAUGGAUCAGGACCGGAAUGAGAUGUCAAAAGGAGAGACGUCAUCCCCGCGUACCAAGCAGAAGAAAAAAUCCCUCUGUCAGAUGCUAAUGCACAAGAAGACCCGAGUCGGAUGUAUGGAGAUGUCCUACAAUAAUAAAGAGACACAUGACAGAGAAUUGACGACCAACAUGGGACUGUUAACCAGCAAGAAUAAGAUGGAAAAUUCUCAGCACAGCUCGCAUACCAGCACUAAAUUAUCUCUGUGCUGUGCCAUGACCGAGAGAAGUAGAACUCCGCCGCAGAGUUUGUCAGCGAGCAGGCUGUCUCCCACACUCAGUCGCACGUCGGUAAAGUCUGAAGUUGCAUCUUUAAAUGGAAACUGUAGAACUAACGCUGUUGUAGAAAGCCAAGCUAAUCAUCAGCACGCGCAUAAUCAUCAUUAUCAUCAUCAUAAUUACCAGGGGAUUAGAACGUCACCGGCGCUUAAAAACAAGUGUUGUCAUGACUACGCUUGCAAACCUAAUACUGUUGCUAAGGAACAACGUCGUAGUGCUUAUGCAGAAGAUUCACCGAAAAAGCGGGGAAAGAAGAAAUCAUUUUUGCACAAAGUGUCCAGUGCUUUUGCGAGGACUUUUAAUAAAUCUAGAGAGUCUUCUGACAGUGAGGAGUAUCCGUCCGAUGACAACACACCUACUAAGAGUCCCAAGGGAUUGUUGGAGGAAAAAAAAGGAGCAGAUGGACUGACAAACGGUAAACAGCCGGUAGGCAUAACAUGUGUCACUGCUGAUAGUCUGGCAGGACAAGUGCAUAGUAAAACUUCAACAGAAUUUAGUGAAGUUGGAGGAAAAAAUUCUGAAAAAAGUGAAUUAGUUCAACAAAUUGCGGGGAUUAAUAAAAGUAUUGUUGGAUUAUCAAAUCAGGAUGACACGCCCUUGAGACCAUCGCGAAAUAAUAAAUUAAAUAAAAUUGACUCAGGCUCAGGCUCGGAUAGAAAUUUUGACGCUAAGAAAAAUUUCAUGGAAAAAUCCAGCAUGAAGAUAAAAGUUCAGGAGAUUGUUGAUGAUAAAAUUGGUCUUGGCCCAGGAGAAUUAGUCUCUGCAACUGUUGUAGCUGCUGCGAAUCCUGACGUUAUUCUUCAGGAAGAAGUUAAAAAGAUGAUUGAUGCAACUAACAAUAAGCAGAUGGAUGUAAAAGCUACCAAGCAGUUAUUGAUCAAAGAAAAGAAACACAGAGGACACAGUUGCAGUUCUGAUAGCGACGAAUCCGACUCCUUAGAAUACCCGAGCUGUGACGAAGAUGAAUCUGACACCGAGCCAGAAAAAACAAACAUUAAGGAUUUAUAUUUCACCACUGGAAAAUAUAUUACGUAUUUUUUUUUGGAGAUGGAGAGGAAGUGGUACAAUCCUCAAGAAGAGCAGUAUGAAUACAUAAUGUAUCAUUGUUCUCAUAAUCACAACUCUACAAAAAAAUACAAGCACUCAAUUAAAAGUAACAGAGGUGAUCAAUCGUCGUCGGACUCGGCUUCCCCGCAUAUAUCCACGCAGAUGAAGCACAAGCUGCUGCACAGACGCUCGGCAGACAAUCUUAUGAUUAAUUCGCUAGCUAAUUCUACCCAACAUUCCAGUCCAGACUCUGUAAAAAGCGUCCCGAUACAUCUUAAGCCGCGUUCCACGUCUCAUGAUGCCUUGCCUAGAAAGCAGGAUCGUCCGGGUGUCCUGACGGAUGGUGCGUCGAUGGACAAUUUAGCCAAGCAGUCGCUUCUCGCUGCUCAGGUUCUCAAUUUGAUGCCUACGCAGAAAGCUAGAGAGCGCAAUUACUUGCACGGUCGCGUUGCUGUUAAUUCACUGCUGGGCCCGGCGGAACUCGAAAAAGUAUUACCUAAUCGUGAGAUCACAAUCUUCGUUGGAACGUGGAAUAUGAAUGGAAGAUCACCACCGAAGCAACUAAACGACUUGAUGCUGCCGUCGGAAAUCUCAACUGUUCCAGACAUACUGGCGAUUGGGACUCAGGAAUCUUACUCUGAAAGAAGCGAAUGGGAGGCUGCGCUUCAAGAAACUCUGGGGCCUUCUCACGUGCUGUUGACCAGCGCGAGUCUUGGCACUCUUCAUUUGGUCUUGUUUUUGAGACGCGACCUCAUUUGGUUUUGCUCCGUUCCGGAAGAAGAUAGCUUUUCCACGAGACCUGGUACUGCUUUUCGGACCAAGGGAGCCGUGGCUCUUGCUGUCAUGUUAUUUGGGACGAGCUUUCUUUUUGUUACCGCUCAUUUGACGGCUCAUCAGGACAAAGUUAAAGAGCGUGUUAAUGUGACACAAAACUUUGAUUGCGUUUUCUGGUGCGGUGAUUUAAAUUUCCGUUUGGCGCAGCCGCGAGAAGAGGUGAUUCAGUGGGUGACGGAUACAUAUUUUCCUAGUUCAUCAGCGGUGUCAAUGAAUAAAGACCAAUUGCGAUCAGUCCUGAACGAAGGUACAGUUCUUCGCGGGUUUGAAGAGGCGCCGAUAACUUUUCCGCCCACAUACAAGUACGACCCAGGAACGCAAACAUUCGACUCGAGUAGUAAACAACGUGCACCUGCGUACACUGAUCGUAUUCUCUAUAAAGGAAAGGGUCAUACACGUGGAUACAUUCGUCGUGUUAGCCAUGACAAUACCAAUUCAAACAAAGACGGAACUAUUGAGUGUCUUGUUUACGAUUCGGUGCCUAGUAUUUGUACAUCUGAUCACAAACCGGUUUGGGGUGUAUUCAAAACAACUGUGAGGCCGGGAAUUGACACGAUUCCUUUGGCUGCUGGAUUAUUCAAUCGAGAGAUUUACCUCGAGGGCAUAAAGCGACGAGCUGCUGCGAUGGACGAAGACUCUUCUGGUACUUCUAAAGUCUGUUCAUUGCAA